AGAUUAGUUUGAGGAGCUGAAAGGUGUGAGUGUAUGUAAGGUUAUGCACAGAGGAUAGAUCAGUGUGUGAACAACAUGGCUUUCUACGAAAUCGUGUUUGAGUACGAUGGAAACAGCUCUGAAGGAUCUGGGACUAUGGAUCCAGAAGAUCUGGCGGAGGCGUGUGAUCUCCGGGUCAGCCAGGACUUCCAAAAAUAUUUCCUCCCCGCUGUUUACUGGAUCAUCUUCCUUUUAGGAAUAAUGGGUAACGGACUGGUGGUGCUGGUGAUGGGAUUUCAGAAGAAGACCAAAAACAUGACGGAUAAAUACAGGCUGCAUCUUUCAGUGGCUGAUCUGUUGUUCGUGCUCACGCUGCCGUUCUGGGCUGUGGACGCCAUGAGCUCGUGGUACUUUGAGAAGUUUAUGUGCGUCGCCGUGAACAUGAUCUACACCCUGAACCUGUAUAGCAGCGUCCUCAUCCUCGCCUUCAUCAGCCUGGAUCGAUAUCUAGCCGUAGUGCGUGCUACAAACAGCCAGGCGACGAGGAAGCUCCUGGCCGAGCGCGUGAUCUACGUAGGGGUCUGGCUUCCAGCGAUGCUCAUGACCAUCCCUGAUCUGGUGUUCGCUAAAGUCCAGAGCACCGGCACUAAGAACAUCUGCGAUCGGAUCUACCCACACGAAGGCAACAUGGUGUGGAAGGCGGUGUUCCAUUUCCAGCACAUCCUGGUGGGGUUCGUGCUGCCCGGUUUGGUCAUCCUGAUCUGCUACUGCAUCAUCAUCUCCAAGCUCUCGAAAGGCUCAAAGGGUCAGGCUCUGAAGAGGAAGGCGCUGAAGACCACCAUCAUCCUGGUGGUGUGCUUCUUCGUGUGCUGGCUGCCCUACUGCGCUGGCAUCCUGGUGGACACGCUGGUCACGCUCAAUCUGGUCUCCAUCGGAUGCAAACUGGAGCGGGGUUUGCAGAAGUGGAUCCUCAUCACCGAGGCUCUCGCCUACUUCCACUGCUGCCUCAACCCCAUCCUCUACGCCUUCCUGGGGGUCCGCUUCAGCAAAUCAGCACGGAGCGCCCUGAGCGUCAACAGCAGGUCCAGCCAAAAGUUCCUCACCAAGAAACGAGGACACGUGUCUUCGGUAUCCACCGAGUCCGAGUCCUCGAGCGUCCUCUCCAGUUAGCACGCAGUAACUCGUGGUGGUUUUUUCCCAUCAGACUGUUUGGACUGGUUUUAAAAUAUCUUCAAAAGUUGACACUCGCUUCCAUCACCAAGGGGACUAAACAUGUUUUUUCUCUUUUUUUCUAAAGGCGUAUAAAAAAUAAUAACUGCACAAAUUACCUAAAUGUACACAAUUUUCAAAAGCUGUUUUAUUUGUUAUAUUUAUCUGCCAAAAUAAGAAUUGUUAGCGAGCGAAAACGUAUGUCAGUGAGUGCAUUUGAUAUUCGAUAAUAUCGCGAUAAAAUCAUGCGUAUCAGAAUGUCAUGCAAAUUUGUGGAAACAUACGUUUUCUCUGUAAGAACGAGGCACUGUGAAUUCAUUUAUCUUGAUAAGACCGUUCAGCAUAAAUGUUUCUCAUUAAGAGUAAUGUGUUUAUAAUUGUGUUUUAACCAUUUCAUAUUAGCAAAUAUUAGCUGUAAGAUACAUUCAAGAUGCUAAUAAUUUCGUGCUAAUAUCAUUUUCUUGCAGGGAAAUCUUCUAAAUAAUUGUUUUUUUUUUUAUUUAGAUUCCAAGCGCCUCAUGUUUCGUCACUUAAAACACAAACCUGUGGUAUUUUUUUUCUCUUUUCAUUUCUAUGACGACAGGAUGAAGGUUUUCUCUUAACGUUAUUGUGUAAAUAUGUUGUACAUAGUUAAAUUUUGUGUGUGCACUUCUCUUUUUUUUUUUUGCUUUUGAUCUAUUUAUUGAAAGAAAACAAACCAGUAGCUCACACUGGAACUUUUAGCUUUGUGGUGUUUUUUAAGUGGCAUGUUGUUCAGAAUAAAAGGCUUGAUGUGGA